AUGGAGGAAGAGCAUUCGGAAGACAAAACUGUUCAUGUUCUGUCUAACGACGACGCGCCUGUACAAGAGGAGGUCCAGUAUGUCGACGUUGAGGAGUUGGAAACCGAUGCAAGUCAUGAGGAACCCUCUGAAGACGCCGAGGACGAAUCGACUCCCCACUAUGACGGAUCGACUCCCGACUACGACACCGACAAGAAGCUGAGUGAGCUUGCCUCGCGUCUUGUACGAGGAGCCGAAACCCCGUUGGGGUAUCUCGAGAGCGCGUCCGUGGCUGGCUUCAAGGAAUCAAGCGUGAGCAGGAAAAAGCAAAAGCGUGCAAGAAUGGUGGGGGCAGCUGUUCGGAGGUGCCUGGUCGAAGCACUCUAUCACGGGAAGUUAUUCAAACGUCACCCGGAGUUCGAAAAUUUGCAACAGAUCCUUACCAUCGAAGAUGUUGAGAUGACCUCGGACCUCGGGAAUGCGCGGAUUUACUGGUCCUGUAAGCUAGAAGUGGACAAGAGGAAGAUUGAAAACAUUGAAAAGAUGCUUCGUCAAUGCAAGGGAGCUUUCAGGGCUGUGAUAGGCAAGGAGGUGAACAUCAAGAAAUGCCCGGAGGUUAGCUUCAAGCCAAGUCCUCUCCUGCUGGCAGGGCUUCAAACGACCCCAGAAAUGAAGGAGAUCUUGAGGCAAAAUGGCUUCGAGGACGCUGGCCAUGGAGUUUUCGUGUCGGCAGACACCAUCGACCCCUUGACCGCUCUACAUUUGGGUAUGCCGUUAGCUGGGUCAAGAGAGGAGUUUGAGGUGAUAAAAGAGAAGAUGGUGGAGGAUCAGGGCAAUUCGUACGCUGACAGUGGGUCCAAAUCCGAUCGAUACAACUCGGCGAAUAUGAAGGUCAAGAGAUUGCUGCAAAAGAUUUACUUGAGCCGUACAAAGAACAAGGAGGACGAAAAGUAG